AUGCUGCGCAAAAUUGCCACACCGUACAAAGUGUCCGUGCGCCGCACCACCGCCACGGCACCCGACACCGCCUCAAAGAAGGCGAUUUUGCGGCUGAUUCGCUUUGACCCAGAAACAAACAAGCAGCGCAUAGAGAGUUACGAGUACGACAAGCAUCACGACUACAUGGUUCUUGACCUCAUCACGGCGGUAAAGGCGCACCAGGAUCCCACGCUAGCGUUCCGGGCCUCCUGCUGCGAAGGCGUAUGCGGCAGCUGCGCCAUGAAUAUUAACGGUAUUAACAGCCUCGCCUGCAUUACCUUCUCACAGCAAGUGACUACGGUGGGGCCGUUGCCAAACUUUCCCAUCAUUAAGGACCUUGUCGUUGACCUUCGUCACUUCUUUCGGCAGUAUGCGUACAUCCGCCCAUUUGUGCGCAACACCAAUCUUGAUCGCAGUCGCGUCGAAAGCAUCAUGGGGCGCUACGAUACGCUUCGCAAAGUCAUUUACGGCGUUGACCCUCAUGCAAUGUCUACGGAUGCGGUGCCGCUGCAGCGCGGCGGUACGGAGACGGAGGUGGUGGCGCUGCUUCGCCUUUUGGACGCACUUCGCGAGGCAGGCAACGUGACGCACGUUGUGAGCACCCUCGGACUGCUGGAGGCGAAGGGCGUGCAGCUUGACCAGGCGAAGGUGAAGGCCCUCAUUGAGGCCACGCUGCAGAGGCACGGCGAACGCACAAAAUAG